AAACGUAAAUACAAUUUCGGCCCUAUCCAGCAGAAAGCAAAUUUUCCACGUUUGUUUGUCCCUUAUCGUUAUAAUGUCUUUCGUCCUUACUUGCAACUCUUCAAUUUCAUCAUCACACUCACACACACUCUCUAUCUCCUCACUCAGCCAAACAUGGCCCAAGACGGUCUCGACCCGCCACCACCACCACCCGAAACCACCGUGACCCGACCCGUCGGCGGCACCGAGUUCAGCUGGUGCAAGGCCAUUCCCAGCGGCACCGGUAUCACCGUCCUGAGCCUCCUCCUCUCAAAACCCCCACAAAUCCCUCUUCUCCAAAAUGCCCUCCACAAACUCCAAAAUUCCCACCCUAUCCUCCGCUCCAAGAUCCACCUCGACACCUCCACCAACACUUUCCACUUCGUUACCCCCUCCACCCCCCGCGUCCAAAUCCAACCGUUCGAUCACCAAUCAACGGCCGAGAUUCUCCGGCGCAAAUCCGACGGUCACGACCCCUUCCACGCGCUGCUCGAGCACGAGAUGAACGAUGACACGUGGCGCGAUCCCAGCGCCGGCGACACCGACGUCAUGUACGCCACCUCGUACGCGAUCAGUAGUAACCGGUUCGCGGUGUUUCUGAGAUUACACACGUCGGCGUGUGAUCGUGCGGCGGCGGUGGCGGUGCUGAAGGAGCUGCUACGGCUGGUGGGUGGCGGCGGUGACGGUGGCGGAGAAAUGAGGGAGGAAGAGGGGGUGAAUUUGCCGAUUGAGGAUCUGAUUCCGGAGGGGAAGAGGAACAAGCCGUUCUGGGCGCGUGGGAUUGACAUGCUUGGGUACUCGCUGAACGCGCUGAGGUUCGCGAAUUUGAGCUUCGUGGAUGCUGAUUCGGCUCGGUGUUCGAGGAUGGUGAGGAUGCAAUUGAAUGCGGAGGAAACUAAGAGCCUACUAGCUGGAUGCAAAUCAAGAGGGAUUAAACUUUGUGCGGCACUUGCAGCAGCUGGAAUGAUUGCUGCAUGGACCUCUAAAGACCUUCCUGAAUAUCAAAGGGAAAAGUACGCUGUGGUAACACUCAUUGAUUGCCGCUCAAUUCUUGAUCCCGUUCUUCGCAGCAACCAAUCUGGAUUUUACCAUUCCGCCAUAUUGAACACUCAUGAUGUUUGUGGAGAACCCUUAUGGGAUUUGGCGAAGAGAAGCUAUACAGCCUAUGUAGAUGCUAUGAACAGCAACAAGCACUUCUCAGACAUGAAUGACCUGAACUUCCUCAUGUGCAAGGCCAUUGAGAAUCCUGGUUUGACACCGUCGUCAUCCCUCAGAACUGCCUUGAUCUCUGUAUUUGAAGACGCUGUCAUCGAUGAUUCCUCCAAAGUGCAUGAAGAGCUUGGACUGGAAGACUAUGUGGGUUGUGCUUCCACACACGGUGUUGGCCCAUCCGUAGCCAUAUUCGACACUGUACGGAAUGGGAAGUUGGAUUGUGCUUGUAUAUAUCCAUCACCCCUUCAUUCAAGGGAGCAGAUUCAAGGACUAGUGGAUGAUAUGAAGAGAAUACUAGUGGAGGGUUGUAACAGUGAAAAUCAAUAAGUCGAUUGAUAGUGUAUUUAAGAGCAUGUGGUGAUAAUUUUACUGAUCAAUUCAUAAACUUGUUGCCUCUUCAAUCUCAGUUUGUUGUACCCUUUCCAAAAACUCAGAUUCUUUCAUCUCCUCUCAGAUGGCCUCAAGAAAUGAAUGGUUUACUGAUUUAUUUCA